AUGGAAAGAAAUCAAAGAACCAUAGUGUAUUUGGAGAGUAGAACUUUGCAAGUACGAAAAACAGUGUAUAUUGCGAAACUAAGUACUCCUGUAUUGUUCUUUGGAGGUUUCUUGGAUACAGUAAGAUGUGUCAUGUAUUGUUUCAUGUCCAAGCUCAAUAGUUUGGAAGUGGAUUUGGUAACCAUUGAUGUUGAUACAGGAAAGGUCAUUGAGGCAUCUCCAGUGUUAAUUCUUCCUCAAAACUUACUUGUUUAUAAUAAUCAAUAA